UGCCAAGAGGAUGCUGCUUUCUGCGAGCACAGUAAUCUGAACAACAGCUUUUACUGGCUGGAAUGUAUCGACCGGGUUCAGAUUUAGCAACUCAGUCAUAAAGCUUCCUUCUCUCCCUCCCUCCCUCUCUCUCUCUCUCUGUCAUUGGUGCAGUCAGUCUGCCUCCAGCUGAUGAACAUAUUGGCAGCUGCAUUAUUCCACCCUGCUGAGUUAUUGGUGUUUUUCCUGCUUUCUAUUGAAGCUACACACGCACUUCUGUGGGUGUGUGUGCGCUCUCCCAGCGUGAGAUAAUCCACAGAGGAUGUUCUCAUCUUCAUCCAGACACUCUCUGCUCUCACCCUGGACGUCCAUGGAGCAGUCGGACAGCGACGCGCUGGACAUCAGCACCAAAGUGCAGCUGCACGGCGUUCUGUGGAAGCGGCCUUUCGGGCGACCGUCGGCCAAGUGGUCCCGCAGAUUCUUCAUCAUCAAAGACAGCUUCUUGCUCUACUACGCAGAGAGCGAGAAGAGAAACUUUGAAAGCAACAGGUACUUCAACAUCCACCCAAAGGGAGUGAUUCCUCUGGGAGGAUGUGUGGUGUCGACUAGUGAAGACAUGGGGAUGCCCUUUGCCAUCGUGGUCAACCUGGAAGAUUUCACUGGAACCAUCGUCCUGGCUGGUGAGUCUGAGCACGAGCAGCUGCAGUGGAUGGAGAUGCUCCAAGAGUCGGGGAAAGUGACGUGGAAGAACGCGCAGCUGGGCGGGGCCAUGAUCGAGAGUCUGGAGGCUCAGGGGCUGCAGCUGGCAAAGGAGAAGCAGGAGUAUCUGGAUAAACUGAUGGAGGAGACAGAGGAGCUGAGUCAUCAAAGAGCUGAGAGAGAGGAGCUGGAACGUCUGAAUCAGGUCCUGGAGGAGGAGAAGCUGAAGUUUGAGGAGGUGGUGCUGGAGCUGAAGACGGAGCAAGAGCAAAUCAAACUAGACCUGGACGGCACGACUCAGUCCCUGAAAGGUGUCGAGAGCGAGAAAGAAGAGCUCAGCAGCUUCACGGUCAAAUUGCAGGAAUCCAUCGAGAAACUGUCGCAGGACAAGCAGAGAACUCUACAGCUUCUAGGAGUGAAGGAGUGGCAGCAGGAGCUGGAGGAGGAGGAGGAGCAGGAGAAGGAGAAGGAGAAGGAGAAGGAGAAGAGUCCAGAGUCGACCCACAGGAAGUGUGAGGACAGUGAGGAGCUCAGAGAUGCUGAUCUGCUGAAGGACCUGCGACACAUCGAGGAGCAAAUGAAGAUCCUGCUAAACGAGAAGGACCAGGCAGAAGACAAGCUCAGGGAGAACGAUCAGCGAGCAAAAGUCCUGCAGCAGGAGAGGGAGUUUUACUCGUCCCAGGCUCGGACACUGCAGCAGUCGCUCUCUCAGCUCUCGGUGGACAAACAGCAGACGGAGGCUGAGCUUAAGGCGGAGAUCGAGUCUCGUGUGGAGCUGGAGAAGAGGCUGAAACAGGCAGAAGAAGCGCUGCACAACCUGGAAAAAGGCCUGAACUCAGCGGAGAGAAGCAGAGAGAGAGACGAGAAGAUGAAGGGAGACGUGACACAGCUGAAGAGGUUUUUUGAAGACUGUAUCAGUGCAGCAGAGAUCGAGGCCAAGCUUCCAGCGAUAAUGAAAAACGCUGUGUAUCUCCACAAAGCUGCCGCUCGAAGAAUCAAGAGCUGCCGCAUCCAGAGGAGAGCGUCCAGACGCCACUGGUUGAAACACUCAAAGUCAUUCGCUGUGUCCACUGGUGAUGGUGGCAACAUGGAGGAUCUGAGGGAGGCGGCUCGGCGGCUGACCUCUGACACCAGCUUCAGACAGAACGUGUACAAGAUCAUCGCCCGCAACGACGCCACAAACAAAACAGACGGCUGAGAGAGAGAAAGAGAGAGAGAGGACAUCCUCCUGAUGUUUUUGUUUUGUAGAUAGAUGAAUAUUUUUACCACAUACAAACAAAGUAUUGAAACCAAAACUGUCAAUAACUGAAUA